AUGGAGGACGGUAGGAUCAAGAACUCGCGGAUUCGAGUUUCUAGCGUGAGGCCAAGCACCUCAGCAUCAGGUGAACAAGCCCGCCUUCGAAAGAAUAUUCCAACCUGGGGAGCUUGGUGUCCCGACACCAGUGGAGCGGAUGAACUGAGUGCGGAUGAGUAUAUUGAGGUUGAUCUGUUGGCUCCAACAAAAAUCACUGCAAUUGCAACCCAAGGACGUGAAUAUAACAAUGCGAAUCAACUUUUUCGGAAAUACAUUUUAUCAUUCAGCAACGAUGGUCGAACGUGGCAUUUUUACAAUAAAGAUGAUGGAAGUAAACCCUUUAAAGGAGCUAAAGUAUGA